CGCUGCCCCUCCCCUUGCCCUCGAUCCAGGCGCGUGGUGGUGGCCUCUGAGCGCGGCCGGCGAGAGGAAGCCUCGCGCCCCGGUUGUCCCGUCCCACUCCCCAGCCCGCGUCGCUAUGUUGGGAGCUGCCCUGCUCCUUCGUCGCUGCACCGCCGCCGGCCUCCGUGGCCUGGCCCGGCGGGUCCGACAGCCGCCCGCCGCCGCCGCUGUGUUGCCUGCUCGUUGCUACUCUCAUGGGACACAAGAGUCAGAUGAAGAAUUUGAUGCUCGCUGGGUGACAUACUUCAACAAACCAGAUAUUGAUGCCUGGGAGCUAAGGAAAGGCAUGAACACGUUGGUGGGCUACGAUCUGGUGCCAGAACCAAAAAUCAUCGAUGCUGCUUUGAGAGCAUGCAGACGGUUAAAUGACUUUGCUACUGCGGUCCGCAUCCUAGAAGUUGUAAAGGACAAGGCAGGCCCUCACAAGGAAAUCUACCCUUAUGUUAUCCAGGAACUUAGACCAACUUUGAAUGAAUUGGGAAUCUCCACUCCAGAGGAACUGGGCCUGGACAAAGCAUAAACAUAAUUGGUGGAGUGGUAAUGCUGGGUCACUGGUGCUGGUACUGCUCUUCUGGGCCUGAAGAAUUAGACUGUUAAACCUGGCAAUGUGUUGAUUGAGUGAUGGGAAGAACACCAUAUGAUCUGAGACCACCUAAAAUGGUGUGGAAGUAUUGGCCUGCUUAAAGUAAUUUUUUUAAAAC